UGAUUGGUUGGAAGUUGAGCGCAGCGUCCAACCUAUGACGGAGCACGUCACGUCACGUCACGUCACGUCGGGCCUUACGUGAGCGGUUUGGAAGUUUUUGGCGCGAACAGAGCAGCGGCUCGGACGGCGGGAUGCUAACAGAAUAACUGGAUAAAACUGCCAUUCAAAGAUCUUCAGGUAGAGAGAGAGCUUAGGAACAGAUGGAGCAGUCUAACAGCAGGUUGUACUCAGGACCUCUGUCCCAGGCGGCCCAGAUGAUCCUGGCUGUACUGCGGUCCCAGAGUCUGCAGGCAGGCAGACGCAACCACAGCUACUCCUACAAUCACAGGCAAAUAGUGGAGAGGUAUUAUGGUAGCCAGAGGGAGCUUCCGGCUCCGAGCAGCUGGACCAGGAGUCAGGAGGAGAGCAGAGACGCAGACCGACAAUGGUCCAGGCCUCAGGUAUUUUCCUCCUCCGACCGGUGGCAGAGCUCUCAGACCUGUUAUCGGUCCUCGCAGACACCAGACUUCCCCCGUUCAUCCCAGGUCUCAUCCUGUUCCUCCUCCUCCUGCUGGGAUUCCUCUCGCCAAAGGCCGCCAUCUCAGACUGAAGCCUAUUAUCAGCACUCGCAGAUUUGUUGCCACAGAGAGUACUCUGAGCCCCCUGCUUACCAGUCCGGCCAGUCUCUGCCUUUCCCUCAGCAUGAGGUGACUGAGACAGCAGCGUCUUUCUCCACCCUGUCCCCUAAAAUACCGGAACGUCAAGCCACACCAUGGAGAAAUCUGUCUUUUCACUCCCGUAGCUGCACAGAAGAAAUCAGGCCAUCUUUCAUCCGCGCUCUUUCUCUGCACGACGGGGUUCUUGAGGAUGUACUGUUGCCUAAUACCCAUGAAGGGGAGCCUUCUUCUUUGGCUUGCCAGCCACUUUCAUCCAGCUUUAAAGCCAGUGAAAGGACUCGUGAUGACAUAGCAGGUGCACGGGAAGAAAAGAAAGUUGCAGAGAGCUGGAACGUCCCCACGAAUGAACUUGAAGAGGCUGUAGGUUCAGACGGUCGAGAAAAAUGGAAGCUUACUCCCUCCAACCCCGCUGGAGGAGAAGAUAGAGGCCUGCGACAUCAACAACCACAGUGCGAAACAAUCAAGACUAGAGGGAUACAUCAGACUCUCGGUGGCUCUGUCACGACGCAGGAGACCUGCUGCGAUGCAUGUUUACCAAGGCCGAUGAGAAAUCUAGUUGGGGAGGAGAGGAUGGAGCUCAUAGCGGAUUCAGAAAGUACAAGACAAAUGUCAAACACAGGACAGGAAAUACAGGUAGAUGAGUUACGUAGGGGUCCAACUCUGCUAAAUGAAACAGAGUCAGUCAGUGAAAUGGCAGGAGUUUGGCUCUUGACAACCAAUAAGAAGACUAGUUCAGAGAGCAGUGGAAGUGCAAUGGACAAAUUCUUUGACUGUGAUACUGAAAGAGAAAAGCUAAGGGAGUGCACGGUUAAAACACCUCAAAUCGAAGAAGUUGAACCUGGCAAGAUGUCAGUGAGAUGUCAUGGUCGAAGUCCAAAAAAGAUCCCAGACCACAAGUUGAGCCGCCAAGCUGAAAACCCUCAGGACCCGAAGCACCACAGAGAGAUCUCACUGGUGCAGCGUGAGAUCAAAUUAGUCCUGGGUGACAACACGGCUGAUAACCCGGAGAGAGCCACAGACGAGAAAAUAGCUGGGACAGAAGAUAAGACGGAGAGAGAAUCACACAUUUGUUCUGACAUCCAACCAAGAGAGAGAUGGUGUGAGGCAGGAGAGAGUGGCAGAGACAGAGAUGAGUCAGUGAAUCCACCUGUGGACAGUAAUGAGUUUAUAGCUACAGAGGACUCGGGUGGAGAAAGUGGUUCGGAGCCGUUGUUCCAGGAGUGCGGGGUAAAAAGGUCGGGGUUCAGAGCUCCCUGUCUCCAUGGGAACCACCAGCACCAUGACAAUGUACAAACUGCUAAUGGAAGUAUCAGAGGGAGCAGCUCAAGCGUGGCACUGGCCCCGAUAAGCACUCCUGCUGCCGGACAUCACUCCUCCUCUGCACAGGAGUUGUCCUCAAAUGUCAUAAAAGCGAGCAAAAAACAGGAAAACAUCACCCUACCUAUUUCCAUAACUAAUCCACAUCACCCUCGCCUCAUCCCCUCCUUCCCCUUAAAGAGGAAGCUUGAAAUUCAUCAGCACCAAAAUGCUUACCCCCCUCCUAAAAUCUACCUCACCAGACGUCCUCCAAAAUGGGAGCCACCUCAUUACUCACAAGAUAAGACAGGGGAAAGGGGAAUUAACGAGCUGGAGAGAGCAUCAAUCGCUGAACUCCCAGCUGUACCCCCAGAACCUCAGACUAAAGUCAGUCCUUCACAUAAAACAGGAGACGUGUUAGGGGUACAAAAAGACCCAAAUGCCUCAAAGCAAACUCCACAAAUCCGGCAGACUAAGUUGGAAGAAAGGUCUUCGAAACACGGCUCAUGUUCUGUGGUCGGUAAGCCAUUCAAGCACAAGCGGGCCAAAUGUGAGGCUGCCCAGGGAACAAGUGGGCCAGAAAUUUCCCACGCGGCGGCUGAUGUUAGUGAGCCCCAGAACCAACCCAAAGCUAGCUGUCUGAGUGGAACCCUGACAUCCGAUGCCAGAAUAAAGGAUUCUGGGAAACUGAACCCAGGUGAGAAGAUGCAAAUGCUUGAGAAGGCUGGAAAGGCCAAAGCGCUGGUGCUAACCUUGGUGUACCAAGACGGAACAACUCAGUUAGACCCAGAGCAGAAGCUCGGUCCGCCAGUGUGUGGCCUCCUCGCGCUGAUGAAGAGCGAUCUCGACUGCAGCACGCCAGAGGACCCGCUCGGGCCGAACGACAGUCUGGUCUACUUAAAAUUAGAGCACACACCUGCAUGGGCCCAGCAACACGCACACACGAGCCAGGAGCACUUUACUAGAGAUGUGCUGCUACAAGUGCUGUCAAGAUCUCAACCGGUGGUGUGCUAUAAAGCCAAGGAUUUCCUUCGUACAGCUCUGCAGUUUUACAGACGAGACCUCAGCUGGAAACGAGUGGCUGGCUGCCUUAUCCAGGACCCGCAGGUGUCGGGGUGGCUACUAGAUCCUGCGAAUCCCUCCUCUUGUUACCAGGACCUUCUCAAUAAACACAGCAAAAGACCCCCUACGACAUCUGCCCUGGGUGUCAAGAAGGUUUCUCGGGUCAUCUCAGGUCUCUGUUCUCUCUUCUGGCUGAACAUGGAGCUAUGCUCCAAACUACAGAGCCAGGGGCUGUGGGAGCUGUACUCGGACAUGGAGCUGAACAUGAUCUCUGUUCUAGCAGCCAUGGAGAGCCAUCGUAUCCAUGUGGACAAAGAAGCUCUUAAGAGAACUUCAGACCUGCUGGGGACUAAGAUGAAGCAGUUGGAGCAGGAGGCCCACCGAGCAGCUGGACAGAUGUUCCUGGUCACCAGCAACACUCAGCUACGAACAGUUCUGUUCGAGAAACUGUGCCUCCACGAGCGCUGCGAGAACAAGAAACUCCCCAAGACCGUCAACAAACAACAGCAGUCGACAUCAGAAGCUGCAUUGUUGCAGCUUCAGGACCUGCACCCUCUGCCAAAGAUCAUUCUAGAGUACAGACAGGUCCACAAAAUCAAGUCGACUUUUGUCGAUGGGAUUCUCUCGUGCAUGAUGAGCAAGAACUACAUUUCCUCUACGUGGUGCCAGACAAGUGUGGUGACGGGAAGAAUCUCAGCCAAGCACCCAAACUUCCAGGCUCUGCCGAGACAGCCACUUCAAAUCACCAAGAAGCAGUACAUCCAAGGAAAGGAAGAGGAGGUGGUGACUGUGCAUCCUCGGGCAAUGUUCAUUCCUCAGGAAGGAUGGACUUUUCUCGCUGCAGACUUCUGCCAGGUGGAGCUGCGUCUGCUGGCUCACCUCUCCGCUGACCCUGAGCUGCUCCGCAUCUUCACCCACCCGCAGGCAGAUGUCUUUACCAUGUUGGCCUCUCAGUGGAAAGGGGUGAGUGAGGGCGAGGUGACUUCUGAGGAUCGGGAGCAUGCCAAACGUGUUGUCUACUCCGUUGUGUACGGGGCAGGUCGUGAGCGUCUGUCAGGGAUUCUCGGGGUGAGUGCGGAGCAGGCCAGCCGAUUCCAGGACAGCUUCCUCCAGACCUACAGAGAAGUCCAGGCCUUCAUUCAGAGGACCGUCCAGAAGUGCCACAACCAAGGUUAUGUGCUCUCCAUCAUGGGUCGCCGACGGACCCUCCCUAACAUCAACUCUCCCAAUUGGGGCGUCCGCAUGCAGGCUGAGAGGCAGGCUGUCAACUUUGUGGUCCAAGGUUCUGCUGCUGAUCUCUGUAAGAUGGCCAUGAUCCGAAUCUUUAACCUGGUCUCUACCUCCAGCUCGCUCUCUGCCAGGCUGAUAGCACAGCUCCACGACGAGCUGCUGUACGAAGUGGAGGACUCUCAGGUGGAGCGGUUUGCAGCUCUUGUAAAGAGCACCAUGGAGUCUCUUCAACACAUCGACCACCUCGGAGUGCAUCUUAAGGUCCCUCUGAAGGUGGCGGUCUCCAGUGGCAAGUCUUGGGGAUCCAUGUCUGAGCUUCACAUCCCUCCAUCGUCUCCCUCUUCAUCGCUCUCUCUACCUUCGCCUCUGCACUGAAUACAUUCGCUCCUUUCACGGCCUUCAGACAUUUUCUCCGCUCUCAUCUCUUUCUACCUCUUCCCAGUUUCUCGUUUCAUUUCUCCUUCCCGUAGCCUCUCGGUCGAUCUCUCCCUCUCUCUCUCUCUCUCUCUCUUCACUUGUCCUGCAUCUACAUUGCUAUGGAAACCAGGCAGCUGCAGCUCCCUCCAGCUCCCAGUUCUUGCUUUCACUCCAUCCGUAUCCGGGGGCAACGGCAAGAGCCACAGACUGGAUAGCGCCAGUUCUUCUUUUUUUUUCUCUCUUUCUCUCUCUCUCUCUCUCUAUCCUGCAAAAAAAAAAAAGAUUCCUUGUCCUCCUCCUCUCCUCCUCAGUUUUCACACUCUCUUGUUAAGACCAACGCUGUUUUCUCCGCCUUGUUGCCAAGGUGAAGCUACACAUUUGAGAGGCUGCUUGAUAUUUAUUGGUUCGUGCUGGUUGUUAGGAUGAUUUUUAGACGGUUGUGCUACUGUGUUUCUGAAAUCUACUGUAGACGUGUUCUGUAUUUAUUCUUUUUCAUGCUGAAUAAAGCUCGCAUUAAUUCACAAACGUCUGUGACCGGUUCCCACUCGAUAAACUCAGCGACUUCUUUCACCCGUUUUAAGUUCCUCCUGCAGAUUGUUUUCUGUGUACAUUAAGCACUAAUCCCUAAUUAAUACUUUAAGCUCAUUUGCAGGUUACAUUUAGAGCUUUUUUUUUUAGCUUAUAGCAGCAUAAUAACCUUGGAUUUCAACAAAUGAAUUUUCUAGUGAAUGUCUUGAGAGAGAAAUUGCUGGGAAAAAGAGCAAUUAAGAGUCAGAUGUAUUUAAAAGAUCUUCUGUUAUUUUCAGGGACGCUUCCUCCAGCAGCCUUCACCUUUUUGUCGGUUGCAUUCAGCUGAUUUAAAGCAGAUGAUCUAAUUUUUGCUCAGCGCCUCGCUCUCUCUCUCUCUCCAGCUCAUCUUUUAUCCGCACACUUGGCUCUAGCCCACUCUCCCCUUUUGUCUUGUCGUGCCUCUGACACACACACACAUUCCACAAAUGCUCGUACACAAGCGUACACACACACUUAAGAAAAACACUCACAGGCUCUCUUUUUAUCCAUGCAGCCACCAUGAAUGCACACACACAUACAGUCACCGGCUUCCAGGCACACUGACCGAGAUUUUCUUCUUCCUGGCAGCCACACCGAGGCUCUUUUUGCCCCUUUUAUACCGUCCUCCAAUUAAGACCCUUUAAACCCACAAAAUGAGUCUAGGCAGAACCGUAUGCCAUGUGACAUUUUUACAAAGCCUGACCCCCAUUACCUAUUUGAAAUGUCACCUCAUGUUGUCUGCUAAUUAUAGGAGCUGUCACUUUUUAAGCCGGUACAAAGGUGGCAUGUGGGAUAUCCAGCGGAUCUGCCAACAGUUCUGUCUUGUCAUGUAUUUACAUUCCUCUACUUUUCUUUUCUUUCUUUUCUUUUUUUAACCAGAAGCAGCCCUUCACUUUGCCUCUUGAACCCCGCUGACAGGAAUGUGCUCUCCGUGCGCUGACGUGAGAGCAGCUUUUCUCACCAUCGGGUCAGUAUGAGCAGUUCAGAGCCGGCGCAGUAGACAGUGUUAUGGAAAUCUGCCCCUCUAUUCUCUCAUUGUUCUGUGGUUUAAGGGUGCACGGCCUUCCCCCCUCUGAGAGGAGAGCGUGAGACCGGUAUGUGCAAAUUCUAGAGGGCACUCUGCACUUUUGGAGUAGGAGUGUUUAUAGUAGGUAUAACAAAUAUUAAUAAAGCUGUGCUCUUUUGUUUGUGUCCAACACUGUACUAGCUCCAGAUUUGCUCCACCCUCUGUUGGAGCGUUGCUGCCUCUUAUCUCCUGCUCUGCUCAGUUUUAAAAGAUGUGAACGAGGUUAUGUUCAUUUGGCACGAGUUGCCGCCUUCACUCUAAUGACCUGUGCCAUUCGCAGGAGCCAAGGCCUGAGGGGUCCCUCUGUUGUCAUGGGCAACAGCAUGAGCUUCCCCUAGCUGCCAUGACGACGGCGGGAUGUGUAAGUAGACCCCGCGGCACAUAUCCUCACGGGCGGACAUUCAUAUCACUUCAAAUCUCAAAUUAUGUAUCUCUCGCUCUCUCUCUUUCAAAAAAAAAAAAAAAAAAUCUGCUUGCUGUUGCAACAUAUAAAAGCUUAAUGCAUCAUCAUUUUUAAUUGAUACAAUAUAUGUACAUCCAUGUUUCAAUCAUCGUCAUAAUGCAGGAAAUGCCAUCUUUACAUCUAUACAGUGUUCCAGUUGUUGUCAGUAUAAAAGAAAGGGUUAAUAAUCACAAUAAUAAUAAUAGUAAUCCCGGUGUGGUAAUACAGCAGUCUUCCAAAGGAAUGGCAGAAAGGGAACUGAAAGCUAAUAGACCCCCCCAAUUAAAACCAGGUUGUCACUGCAGGCUCACUGAGGUCGGGCAGACCGGUUGUACCAACAGCGUCUUCAUCUCGUCCUCCCGGGAAUCACUAAAUCUGCUCAAUCACCACAUCAUGUUCAAGCUUAUUACUGUACAUGAGAUUCUUGCCCCCCACACCACAUCUGUCAAUGAUUUCAACCCUGCUUUUCCCGCUCUCUCUCUUUUCCAGUAACCUCUCUAACCCAACAGUCCCCAGACACUAUUUACUCACUGCUCUACUUUACAUGCCUAAGGGCCUCUUUUGUCAAAUUCCUCACCGUAGCCAAAGCACCCGUCCGUUCCCUUACAGGUCCCCUAACCCCCCUGGUUUCCAAAGUUCCCUCAGUUGCAAUUUAAUUCCCCUCCCCACCCCCCGUCUCUGAGUCCAUCCAUCUCCUCCAUCUAUCUAUCAGUCCCUCUUUCCAUUCCUCCAUCAUGGCCGACUGGUUGACCUGCCUGCCUCCCCACAGUGUGGCUGCAUAUCAGUCCCCUGCUGUGCUUUGUGCGGGGUCGGUUUCCUGGCAACAGACAACAGCCAUGACAGGGCUCCAGGGCAGAGAGAGCCUCUUUGCUUUUUUUUUUUUUGCAGCAGCAGCAGCAGCUCAGCCCAGAGCUGCUAAUAUUCAUAGCCAUGGCUGUGGGUUAACAGAGCUGCUGCCGUUGCAGCGUUUCAGGCUCUCUCUGACGACUUGAGAGUUCAAGCAGACAGGCGGUACGAGAAGGGCUGUGUCCGAAACCCAUCAGUGUGGGACGGAGACACAGAGGUUAAGAUGGCGUGCACUAUAGCCCCUGAAAGUGGCAGCCGUUAGUCAGUAUGGGAUUGUCAUGAGGUAAUACAGAUGAAGACACCUGCACUACUGUAGAAUCUCUUUAUUAGUGCUGUAAAUAUCUUUAAAAUAUAUUUUUUUAUAUAUUUUAAAUCCACAGUUUCUGUUACAAAAGGAGUAAAAAUGACCCCCAGAUGCUAUUUACAGUAAAAUAUAUUUUACAACUUUACAGUUACUAACUUGCAGAUUCCAAAAGAAGAAGAAGAAGAAGAAGAAGAAAGACUUUGAAUCUCACUUGUAAGAAAAGUCAACACGGUUUGAGAGUUUGCAAUUCUGGCAGCUGCAGCAUGUUUUUUAAUUGAUUCUUUUCAAUCAUACUAACAGAGUGGUUGGUGGUAGUGGAGUUGCAGUGCAUGUCUCAGUGGUACAAGUUAACCGGAAGUCUUUGUGGUUUAGAUAAAAGCUCAGUUAAGAGACUUACAGCAGAUUGCACUUUCAGAGUGUGGCUACGCUAUCUUUUGUUUGUUUUUUUCCUGUCUGCUUGAACUGCUCAUUCAUUUUAGCACCCAUUAAUCCCCCCUCUUGUCAUUUCCCCCCAUUUCCUAUUGACAUCUGUACAAAUAUGCAGAGGUACACCUGUGUACUUCGACUUUGAGUUUAAAAACAAAACAAAAAAACGAAAAAAAAACACAUCUUUUGUAAAGAAAAAUACAAAAAACAGAAACAUUUUACAAUCAAACACCCCUUCAGGCUUCGAUAUAAUGAGCGGUAAUGUCGCAAUGCCAAAAAACUGUGACGGCAUCACUGCCACUAAUUGGUACAGUAAGGGAUAUAACAUCAAUGCAGCAUUUCAUGUAUUUAAUAAAAUCAUCCUUGAUAGUAUGUCAUUAUUUUGCAAUUUUUUUUUCCCCCGUCUGUUUCUUUGUAUUUAUUGCUUGAUUAGAUGGCACGUGGGCAGGACUUUUUGCCAAAUAAAUACGUAACAGGAUUGUGUUGAACAAAAAGUAGCCACAUAAGGAAUAAAAAUGCAGCAAUCACUGUCACCUUUGGCAAAUUUUCACCUCCAAAAAUAGCCGUGGGUUUGUUUGUAGUACGAAUUAUACAUCGUGUAUCACGUCUUGUAUAUAUGCUUAUGAUACAUACAGUCGAUAAUACAGGAGAAAGAGAAACUUUAUCCAUAAUCUUCAUAGGAAAUGUAAAAAAUCAAAACUAUUUGUACUGUAAUAGCAAAACAAGACACAGUUGUGCUACAAGUGCUUAUGUGUUCUUGGCACCUGUGGCCUCAGUCCAAAGUGAGUCCUUCUGUAUUUGCCACAGUGGAGCAAAAUCCUCACCAGAGGUAGAGAGAGAGAGGGAGUCCAUGCUGUGGAGCUCUGUUGCUGCGGACCUCCUCCCGCCGCCCCCACCACACCCACGCCACCCACCCCCCACAAUUUUUAACUGCCAAUGUGGCACAUUCCUCCCUCACCCCUCACCCUCCUCGUUAGGUGGAACAUUCCAGGCGACAGCCAUCUUCUGAGACAAAAGUCAAACUCAGGAUUGGUUAAAAACCAGCAAAGAUGACAGGUUGCAGUAAAUAAUACAAUAACAAUCAGGUAAAGAUACGGCUAUUUACAAUCACACAAGAAUGUCUAACAUCUAAUGUAGUGGUUUUAAUCACUUGAUGAAAGAACCAAUAGCUGCUUUUCACUUCUUCUCUCCACCGCCACUGCUCUUCUCAUUCAUAAAAUGAAAAAAAAAGCAACCAGGAAAGAUUAAAAACAUAAAAAAAAAAUCUUUCAAAGACCUAAAAUGUUGGCAGUUUACAUUCAUGCCUGUGAGUGUUCGUCCCCAAGGCUGUUGAGCAUUGACACACACCAUCAGAGUAACACAACACACCCACAGGAUCUGUACAUUUGUGCAGUUUUGAAUUAUAUGCUCCUUCACCACUAGAUAAACUGAUCAUGACAAAUACUGAUAUUUUUUAUUUUACCGUGGCCAGAACUUCAUGCAGCCAUGUUUUAGGAUUUAAAGUUGAAACUUUGCCUUCAGUAGCCUCAGUUUGGGCCUCCGUGUCUGCCAUCAGAGAGCAUGAGAUGAUCUUUUUUAUUUUGUUUUUGGGUUCUAAAGCAGUCUAAACUAAAAGAACCGUCUCCGGAUAGAGAGACGGCCUUUAUGCAGCAUACCUUCUCAAACCUCAACCAAUAGGACAGCACACUCGCACUUAAACAAAUCACAGAAAACCAAAUAAUAAUAAAAAAAAAAAGUGUGAGAUUGUUUUUGGAUUGUACAUCAGCAGAACAUUUUCAGGGGGAUGGUUUGUAACUCGAUUUACACUCUGGUAGAAGUUGCAUACAGUUUUUUAAUCACUACAUUCUAACAUUAAGUAUGCGCUACCAGUUUUAAAUGGGAGGUGAGACUUCACAGGGCAUAGCAUUCACAUGAAGUAGAAAACAGACAUUGCUCAGACUUGAAAUAAAUGCAUUCUAGUCAGUGCACUUCAUCUUUACAAUUCAAAAAAAUCCCCAUUUAAUUACCUUAAGCCAUGCAGUCCACGAGAUAUUUGAAUUCCAGCGUUUGAUUCCAGUGCAUAAGGCCUUAGCAAAGGCGGUUUGAAUGAUAUUACCUUUGUUCAGAAUAUGUACCAGUGUGGAUAAUCGUCUCCCAAAAAUACAUGGAGUGUUAUUUUAAAUUUCGUCAGGCAUAAAACUGAGAUUGGCAGCAGCAGAAAUGGCUCAGAAUUGACAGACUUCACAUUCUUCCACAAGAUCCAGACCACAGUUUAUUUGACAAACCACCUCAACAAAGCCCACUUCUCCACUCUCAACCUUCGGACCUCACCCAAGCCUUAAAGAUUAAAGAAAUUGGUUGAGUCAUACAGUAAGGACCGAAACAACACCGGCAGCGAUAACUAACAAAAGUUAUCGUUAACGCUGCCGUGGUGUUUCCGUGAGGAAAUCUAAAGCUUCAGCACCACUGACACCGACAUUUCACAACUCUGCUCUCAGAUUUUAAGUAAAUUUGUGAUGAUUUUCUAAGUCUGCAUGGACACAAACUGGGAAGAUUUUCAUAUCUAGUGUUCACACUGCAGUUGCAUCCUGUUACCUAAUUUCCUGCUCAGCUUAGUAGGACAUUUGUAAGUACUGUAUGAAGGUCAGUGGUAGCUGUUGCCCCAGAAACGUCACAAAACACAGCCCGGCCCUUUUUUCUUUUUCUUUUUUUUUUUUGACUCUCCAGCAACAACCAAGUUCAAAGCAGAUGCAUCAAAAGUGGUGUGAGGCACCCUCCACAUGUUGGCCCGAUGAAACAUCUGGUGCAUCUUUUAUUUAAUUUUUUUUGAAACAAUACUGUGUUUGAUGCUUUCAGUGCAUUUGUGCCUUGCUUUUGGACUUUGUAGAAACCUUAGAUUGGCUCCAAUUUAAAAAAAA